AUGCUCGUCCCAAUCUUGGCUCUUGGCAUCCUUACUGCCAUCAUCGGCAACCCGCUGACCACCACUGCUGCCUCGGCCCUCACCAUCUUUUCAAAUCUCCCUCGGCUCCUCCUUUGGCUCUGGCUGAACAUAUUAGUUCUUUCCAUUGCUAAUCAGCGCGAUCCAAGCGGUAUCCUUGAGGACUCGAUGAACAAGCCUUGGCGCCCGAUUGCCUCGGGACGAAUAUCUGCUGCAGAAGCUAAGCACCUGCUUCUUGGGGUUAUCCCGUUCACGGUGGUACUCGGGAUCAAGCUCGAUGUGGGUUACGAGACGCUGGCCUGCAUUUGUGCGAGCUCCUACUACAACGACCUGGGCGGCGCAGACGAGCACUUCCUGAUCAGGCAAUUCAUCAAUGGGCUGGCAUAUCCUGUGUACGGAGUUGCAGCCUUGAAGUUAGCGGCAGGCGCAGUCGACAUCCUCCCUGCCGCAUAUACGUGGUUAAGUUUACUGGGUUUGGUUGUGGGCACAACAAUCCAAAUUCAGGAUCUGAAGGACUAUGAGGGGGACAAGGCACGCGAAAGACAUACGUUUCCUGUAGUACUGGGGGAUGGUUUUACGAGGACUCCACAAACUCUAGGAUCGCUGCUCCACGUCUCCCAUUUUGUCGUCUGUGGCCUGCUGCUGAACCUGAAACUGGUGUUCUAUGUCUAG